GUUCACAUCGAAAGAUCUUCGAGCGGAUCCGAUAAAUAAAGAUACGCUAAAGCGCAGCUUCCGUUAGUUUCAUUCUUCUUUUGUGGCCAUUACCGGUGCUAACCGUUACACAUAAAUUGUGGCUUACAGCGGGCAUCUUUGUGUAACCAAAUCGUAUUAGCCGGAAGCUAAAAUGAGUUAUUGGUAUCGAAAUUAUACGCCCAGUUGGCUGCAGCGCUGGCUGCCAAAUUCUCAGCCGCGUAGAGUGAAUCCUUUCCGUAGUACACGACCAUCUGCAGAUCUUGAAGAUGCCGCCAGUUCAGCAAUACUAGGUGUACUAAGAGUCGAUCUGUGUCUGGAGGAUAACCAUGACGAGCACCAUACAAGUCACUUCUAUGCGGCUGCUGCCAAGGAAGCACUGAUCGUUCGGCGAGGAGAACCCUUCAGGCUAAAGAUCCACUUUAAUCGGGACUACAGCCCCAGCAAGGAUGCCAUUAGCUUCAUUUUCACGGUGGCGGAUGAUACCAAACCCAGUCCUGGACACGGAACACUGAAUGCCUUGGUGCCACAUGAUGGCAUCGAUUAUCUGGGAGACACUCUGGAGUGGGGAGCUGGCAUUGAAUCGCAUGAAGGUCAAACACUCACAGUGCUGAUCAAGCCUCCAUCCACCUGUCCUGUGACGGAGUGGAAACUGGACAUUGACACAAAGUUGCUCGGAGAUGGAUCGAGGAGCUAUCCCUUGCCCCUGCCCAUCUAUGUGCUCUUCAAUCCCUGGUGUCCGGAUGACCAAGUCUAUUUGGAGGAUCGUGACCAGCGCAAGGAGUACGUGAUGCAUGACACCACCCUUAUUUGGCGGGGAUCCUACAACAGACUGCGUCCAUCUGUUUGGAAAAUCGGACAAUUUGAACGAUAUGUUCUUGAGUGCAGCCUGAAGGUCCUAGGAACUGUGGGCAGGAUUCCACCAGCCUACAGAGGUGAUCCCGUGAGAGUGGCUCGAGCCUUGUCCGCUCUGGUGAACUCGGUGGAUGAUGACGGUGUCCUACUGGGCAAUUGGUCGGAAGAUUUCUCAGGUGGCGUGGCACCCACCAAGUGGACAGGUUCUGUGGAGAUCCUUCAGCAAUUCUACAAAACCCAAAAGACAGUGAAGUAUGCGCAGUGCUGGAACUUCAGUGGCGUUCUGGCAACCAUUGCCAGGAGUCUGGGAAUACCGGCUAGGAUCAUCACGUGUUACUCCUCCGCUCAUGAUACACAGGCCUCCCUGACCGUUGAUGUUUUCAUAGAUUCGAAUAACAAGAAGUUAGACGCAGAGACCACCGAUUCGAUUUGGAACUACCAUGUAUGGGACGAGCUUUGGAUGCAGCGACCAGAUCUGGGAGUCGGUCCGAACGGCACCUUCGACGGAUGGCAGGUGGUCGAUGCCACUCCACAGGAGGCUUCCGAUAACAUGUAUCGAGUGGGUCCAGCUUCUGUUGCGGCUGUAAAACACGGCGAAAUCCUCAGACCCUUCGAUGGAGGCUUCGUCUUCGCGGAGGUGAAUGCGGAUAAGCUGUAUUGGCGCUACAAUGGACCCAGUCAGCCGUUAAAGCUGCUCAGAAAGGAUACCCUGGCUAUUGGACAUCUGAUCAGUACUAAAGCGGUGCUGAAAUGGGAAAGAGAAGACAUCACUGAUACCUACAAACAUGCCGAACGUUCCGAGGAAGAAAGAAGCACUAUGCUCAAAGCUCUCAAGCAAUCCCGUCAAGCAUUUAGCCGAUACUACCUCAACGACAACUUCAACGAGAUAGAAUUCGAUAUGGAGCUAAAGGAUGACAUCAAGAUUGGGGAGAGCUUCAGUGUGGUUCUGAAGGUGACCAAUAAAAGCGAGACAAACACCCACUUGGCCACAGGUCAAAUCAGUUGCGAUGCCGUCCUCUACACCGGCGUGGGUGCAGUGGAGGUCAAGGUCUUGGGCUUUGAACUGGAACUUCAGCCCAAGAGCAGUGACUACGUUCGCAUGGAGGUGAUCUUCGAGGAGUACUUUGACAAGCUCUCUUCGCAGGGUGCCUUCCAGAUAUCCGCAGCCGCCAAGGUUAAGGACACCGACUACGAUUACUAUGCCCAAGAUGAUUUCCGGGUGCGCAAGCCGGACAUUAAGUUCCAGUUUGGAGAGGCUAGCAUUGUGGCCCAGAAGGAGAUGGAUGUGAUCCUGCGCUUAGAGAAUCCCCUUCCCAUUCCUCUGCAUAAGGGCAUCUUUACAGUGGAGGGACCGGGCAUUGAUCAGCCUCUAAAGUUCAAGAUCGCUGAAAUUCCAGUGAACGGCACUGCGGCUGCCACCUUCAAAUACACUCCGCCUUAUGCGGGCCGUGGCACAAUGCUGGCCAAGUUCUCCUCCAAGGAACUGGAUGAUGUGGACGGCUAUAGGCACUAUGAAAUUGAACCCCGACCGGAGGAUCUGUUGCAGCCCAACGGAAGCCACAGGCGGAGCAACAUCAUCCGCAGACGCACUGAUGUCAUAGCCUAAACUAAUUUAAGUUGCAGUGGUUUCCAUUUGUAUUUCGUAGGUUAAGUGAUGUGUUGUAAAUAAUAUGAUUAAUACAAAUUAAUUUUUUAUAUAAACAAUUACUAUUUUAAUGAACAACA